GGCACAAUUCAAUUACUCUGUCAUGUGAAGCCUGGUGUCAGUGCGAAUCGCGAGGGCAUUGCUGCCAUUUCAGACGAGCGCAUCCAGCUAUGUGUUGCAGCCCAGACAAGAGACGGCGAGGCCAACAAAGCUGUGAGGCGAGUCGUUGCCGGUGCGCUUGGAGUACCAAAGUCUGAUGUCGAGGUUAUCAAGGGUAUGAAGAGCAGGGAUAAGACGGUGGCUAUU